AUGAACUAUCUGACUACGAUGGCACUGAUCAUUGACGUAAGGGAUGAGUGCUUCGAAGAGCUGCAAGCUGAAGGAAUCGGAUGGGACCUAUCGAAGAGCUGCACACAUCUUAUUAGAAAACCAGAGAGAGAACCGCGACCAGGGAAACCAACCCACCGUCCUAUCAUAGAGAAUUCUACAGAUACAGGUGGCGAGUUCCCAAUAUUCUCAAGAUCAGUAAGACUCACAACGUGUCGGCAGAGAACAUACCGUAUUCGAAAUAUUCAAGCUGCUAUAUGCCAUCUGGACUACGGUGAAAGCCUCUCUAGUCUGGACAGCCCCCAAUCAGAUGCAAGAGAAGAAUGUCAUGAUAAUCUUGAACAGAUGAACCGUGCUCUACCAAAACCUGAACAAACCGCUGAGUUCCCAGCCGCCGCAAAUCACUGGCGGCAGGCUAGCCUCACGGUCGAGAAAGUAGAGCUCCCGAGACUGGAAUUUAUUCGUGUUAACCAACUAUGCUACCGCUAG